AUGAGACCAUACACUGUGGUACGCGAAACCGCGCGCGGUGGUGCCGCUCGACCGCUCGUGCUUGCCUCCGUCUUAUGCACUGUCAUCCUUGUUCUUCUAUAUUUUCUCAUCAAUUUCCCAGUGCCAAUGACGACGACCACUGAGACAACGACGGUUGAGGCAGUGUUGAGUAGCACUCCGAUCACCGAGACGUCGCCCGUUAAAACUGAAGAAGAUUUAUAUGCGCACAUUGAUGAGGAGAUGCAUCGUCGUCAGAUUCCUCUUAUUCAUAUGCCUUACUUGUAUCAAAUUCGAUUUAAAUUGUUCAUUCCAUGGAAGACAAAUGUCACGUUUGGAAAAGACAACUUCUCGGUUCAGGGUCACUUGAGAAUGCACUUUACUUCUGGAGGAGGAUCUCGAAUUCUGCUUCAUUCGGAUGCUACUCAACAACAUAUUGGCGAUACGAUGGUCACGGACGAGUUUGGAAGGCAAAUAACGAUCAAGCAUGCGGGACGAGAGCAUACGCAAGUUCUCGAUUUGCAUUUGACGGCGGACAUGAUUAGCGGAAUGAAUUAUACACUGGAUAUCGCAUUUCGAGGGCAUAUCUCUUUGCAAAAACAGAAAGGAUUGUUCGCAGUACCGUAUGCGAAUAAGACAAAGUAUGUGGUUGGCACCCAACUCCAAAUGAGUGAAGCUCGCACAAUGUUUCCUUGUAUCGACGUACCCGAGGUGAAAGCUAGUUUCGAAACCGUCAUUGUCCACCCAUCCGGAACUACUGCUAUCUCAAAUAUGAUGGAUAAUUCGACCGAAACCGACGGCGAAUGGACGACGACAAUAUUCCACAAAACUCCUCCAAUGCCAACUUAUUUGUUUGCAUUAUCUGUUUCAGAUUUUCCUUAUUUGGAAUCGAAAUCAUCUAGGGGAGUUCGGACCCGCGUCUAUUGUGAUCCAGACAAGAUUGAAAAUGCGGAACUGUUGGUGAACACAACAGGACCACUCAUUACGUUCUUCGAAGAGUAUUUUGGAAUACCGUAUCCAUUGGACAAAUUAGGUAUGUGCAGAGGGGAAAAAUAA